GUGGGCUCAUUUGCCCAAUCCAAGUGCCACCUCGAGUAAGUAGGCGGGUCUUAGCUAUGACGCAUGGCAGUUUGAGGUCUUCUUACGUUACUGCCGGGUGUUGCAUCGUCCUCUGGAAAUCACAACAAUGGGCAGUGUUUUGGCAGCCAGCUCCCCCGACCCACCACCGGCUCCUGCUGGUGGUAGUCCUGGCGGCCCAGGGAUGACGGUACCCCCAGGCUUCUCAAUGCCCCCAGUAUCACCUGUACUGCCUUCAGGCAAUGCGGCACCCGGUCAGCAGGCGGAGGCAGAAGGCCCUCUGUCCAACCCUGGCACGUUUGAGGAGUGCCACCGCAAGUGCAAAGAGGUGUUCCCCAUGCAGAUGGAGGGUGUAAGACUAAUCGUUAACAAGGGCCUGAGUAAUCACUUCCAGGUGAAUCACACAGUAAUGCUCAGCACCCUAGGCGAUUCCAGUUACAGGUUCGGUGCCACCUAUGUGGGAACUAAGCAGAUGGGUCCAGCAGAGUCCUUCCCAGUCAUGGUGGGAGACAUGGACAACAGCGGCAGCCUCAAUGCCCAGGUCAUUCACCAGAUCUCCAACAGAGUCCGGUCCAAACUAGCCUUCCAGACACAGCAGCAAAAGUUUGUGAACUGGCAAGGAGAUUGUGAGGUCCGAGGAGAGGACUUUACUGCUGCUGUUACCCUGGGCAACCCAGAUGUCCUUGUAGGCUCUGGUAUUAUUGUAGCACACUACAUCCAGUCCAUAACCCCAUCCCUGGCUUUGGGAGGGGAGCUGGUUUACCAUCGCAGGCCAGGAGAGGAAGGCACGGUCAUGUCUCUAGCUGGCAGAUACACAGGCAGUAACUUCAUUGCCACAUUGACACUAGGGGGAGCAGGGGCACAUGCCUCCUACUACCACAAAGCCAACGACACGUUGCAGUUGGGUGUUGAGUUUGAGGCUAGCACCCGAAUGCAGGAGACCAGUGUAUCAUUUGGCUACCAGCUAGAUGUGCCUAAAGCCAAUUUGCUCUUCAAAGGCUCCAUAGAUAGUAAUUGGGUGGUGGGGGCCACACUAGAGAAGAAGCUACUUCCUCUGCCUCUUUCUUUGGUCCUGGGGUCCUUCCUCAACCACAAGAAGAACAAGUUCCAAUGUGGUUUUGGCAUCACCAUUGGUUAGACUUACCAGAGUGGGGGAAAGCCUAUAGGCAAUCAUCACAGAAAGGACAGACCAAGCCUGGACUCACCACUGAGUCUCACAUCACUUCAAUUUGUCCCCAUCUGACUACUAAGAAGUUCAUUGUUGUUGGUUCCAAAGGUUAAUUUUUCCUAAAUAAUGUGUUAAAAUAUACACUAUAUAUACAGAAGUAUGUGGACACCCCUUGAAAUGAGUGGAUUCGGUUAUUUCAGCCAUACCCGUUGCUGACAGGUGUAUAAAAUCGAGCACACCGCCAUGCAAU